GCAACACUCAAAAUCAAACGUCAAUUGUCACCCGCAUUGAAGGUCGGCAAAUUCAAUUUUUAAAUAGUAACGACUAAAAUACCGGCCUCAAUGCGUUGGACUUAUUCCUCUCAGGAAAUAAAUAAAUAAACAAAGUAUGCUUAUAAUUUGUGAUAUUUAUUAGUUAAUGAGUUAACUAACUUAAUAAUGGAGCCUUCGAAAGAGGCAAUAGCUGUGCGCAUCACGCGGUUAAAUCGUCAGAUAUUGGGUAAAGUGACAGGUGGGACUACAAAGUUUAACAAAAAGACAAUAGACCGCGAGGCUCUAUUUGAUGCUUUAACAGUUUUAUACGAUGAGUGUAACGAUGAUCCGGUCAAGAAGAGCGACGACCUGGUCAAGGCUUUCCUGGACAAAUAUCGCAGUACUCUGGCGGAGCUGCGCCGCACCAGGGUAUGCAUCUCCGACUUUGAGAUGCUGCAAACCAUUGGCCGUGGACACUUCGGAGAAGUCCAUAUGGUGAGAGAGAAGCAGACUGGUGAUGUAUACGCUAUGAAGACGUUGCGCAAGGAGCAGGCACGGAAGCGCGCUGAUGACGAGCGCGACGUGCUUGCCACUGCCACCGGGCCCUGGAUACCUAAGCUGCAGUAUGCCUUCCAAGACUGCAACAACCUGUACCUGGUGAUGGAGUUGUGUUGCGGCGGCGACUUAUCCGGGCUGCUGUCGCGGCGCGCGGCCCCGCUCAGCGAGCGCGACGCCGCCUUCUACGUGGCGGAGGUCGCGCACGCGCUCAAGGCGCUGCACGGCAUGGGAUACGUGCACCGAGACGUCAAGCCGCAUAAUAUACUGCUAGAUAGAUGCGGUCACGUGAAGCUAGGUGACUUCGGUUCGAGCGCGCGGCUGUCCGAAGGCGGCUGCCUGGGCGCGGCGGUGGCCACGGCCGACUACAUGGCGCCCGAGCUGCUGGCGGCCGCCGACUGCGCCGCGCACACUGUGUGUCUACAGUACUGCGGGAGGCUUGUAACAUCGGCCAUUUCGUCCUGUGACUACUGGUCGCUCGGAGUGAUAGCUUUUGAGCUCGUGACGCUGCGACGACCGUUCUCAUCUGAUGACGAGGAUUCUAUUCCUAAAAUCCUGAGUAAUAUACAAAGGUACGAGCGCUCGUCGUCCCCGUCGCUCCCGUGGGGCGAGUCCCCUUGCGAGCCCAGCGGCGACUGGCGCGCGCUGGUGGGCGGGCUGCUGCGCGUGCUGCCCAGCAAGCGGUACUCCUACCUCGACACGCUGCAGCACGCCGCGCUCGCGCAUCUGCCCGCGCACAACAUACGGGACCAGGCCCCCCCGUGGGUCCCGUGUGUGCGUGGCUCGGAGGACGCGUCGUACUUCACGGCGGCGCCGCGCUGCCCGCAGCCGCCCAGCGCCGCGCCCUUCCGCACGCGACCGCCCUUCGCCGGACAACUGCCCUUCGUCGGCUAUUCAUACGUUGCACCGGAAGACAGCGAAGAUCACAGCGGCGGUUUCAACGCCUCUCACGACUGCACUGCAAUAGAUAUGGCCACUUUCAAGUCAGCAGAAAAGCUAGCAGCGAUGCGCAGUCGUGAGAUCGCGUCGUUACAAACGAAGUUAGCGGAGUCCGAGGCUAUGGCGAGCGCUAACGUGGAGCGCGUCCGUCAAGAGGCCGACGCCGAGACCGAGCGCCAGCGGGUGCGUCUGCAGGCAGAGAUCACUGCGCUUAGUCUGCAGAACAAACGCCUGGAGCGUCAGGUGGAGGUGGAGCGCGAGGAGCGCAUGGUCCUGCAGCGCAGCAACCAGGAGCUGGCGGCGGGGCUGGCGGGGCGCGGCGCCGCCGAGCUGCGCAGCGCGCGCGCCGCCGCCGCCGCGCUGCAGGCCGAGCGGGACGCGCUGGCCGCGCAGCUGCGCCGCCUCGAGGCCACGGCCGACACGCUGCAGGCGGAGACCCGCCGCGCGCGAGCUGACGCCGACGCGGCGAGGGCGCAGCAACAACACUACAAGGACAUAAUAGAACAUGUCCACGAGUUGCGACACAGGAGGCUAACAGAAUUCAACGUGAGACCGAUUGUGAGUGCAACACUAAAGAAUACCAGCCUAUUGUUAUUCAAACCAAAUCCUAAAGACUCAAUAGCAAAGGAACGCGCGAUCCGUCGGCAGACCCUCAGCGGUGGGGAGGCCGAGAGCCGAGAGGCCGCCUCCCGCAUCGCCGCGGCCGAGGCCAACACGGCCAGGGAGGUGCGCGCGAGGCAGGCGCUCGACAAGAAGCUGCUGGCCAUGGAGGAGGAGAACAAGAGCCUCAGAGAUGACUUGGAUGAGGCGAAGAGAGAGUUGUCGAACGCACAGGAGCGUCUUGGCGAGAAGCAACGCUCCGCCAACACGUCAUCGGAACAACUCAAAGAGUUACAAGUACAGCUGGCUCAAGAGCGCGUCAAAGCUUCCACGUUACAAGCUCAAGUGCAGGAGUUAGAGCGCAGUGUCGAAGAGUCGGUCCGUCGCGAGGCGGCGCUAGAGGAGCAAUGCGCGCGUACCGAGGCCCGUCUCAACGAGCGUCUGCAAGACGCGCAGCAGACCGCCGCCAACGCGCUGCACGAGGACGCCAGACACAGGGAGAAGGUCAACACACUAGAACAGUUAGUAAGACAGCUAGAACGCGAAGUGAGCGCGUUGGAGAAGCGAUCGUGUGUCGCGUGUGCGGCGGCCGCCUCGACCUCCGCGCAGCCGGAGAGUGACCGACCGCAGCCCGAACCCGCGAGCGCGCGCAGCGAUACCCGGAAAGACACCCACAGCGAUACCGAGAGCGUCGGGGACAAUGCGCAGGCGCAGGCACAGGCACAGCUGGCCCUACUCAAGGAACAACUUGAAAGGGCUGAGACACAGCUACAGGCGCGUGCUGAAGAAAUGGCGGCGUUACGUCAAGAAGCUAGAGCGGCAAAUCUAGCGAGAUGGAGAAAGGAACGCGAAUACAACGAGCUAUCAAUUGAAAUGAAAUCAACUGCCCGGGACUUGAAGCGCGCGGAGGAACGCCUGACCACCGCAAUGGAAGCUCGCAAGGCGGCCGAGAGUAAGGCAAGCGAGGCUCAGACUGAGCUGGCCAAGAUAAAGCCUCUGUAUGACCUGGCCAGCAAGGAAGCGCAGCGCUUGAAGGAACAGUUUGAUAAGCUGCAGAAGACGCACGAGGUUAUACAAGUAGAGGUUGACAGGUCCCGCAACGACAUCCGCAAGUUGAAGAGUGAGCUGCAGUACAGCGAGCGGCGGCGGCUGCACGCGGAGGAGCAGGAGGAGCUGUCCAGCCGCGAGCGCGCGCAGCUGCGGGACGAGCUCAGCGAGGUCCGCCGACACAACGCCGAGCUCGUGCAGAACAACAAGGCUUUGCAAGAAGCUUGCGGCAUGCUGGAGGAACAGCUGACAGAUCUCGAGAAGCUUGCUGACAUUCAUGAGAUCAAGAACAAGGACCUAGAGAGCCAGUUGAAAGGCGUCCGCACAGAGCUGGAGUCGUGUCGCUCGCGGCUGGGCGAGGCCGAGCAGCAGGCGUCGCAGCGCGGGGUCGCCGCCAGCCGCGCCGCGCUGCAGCACGAGGAGGCGCGCGACCAGGCGCGACACGCGCACACAGAGCUGCAGCUGCUCAGGGAGCGGCUGGAGGCCCGCGAGACGCGCGUGGCGGAGCUGGAGGCGCAGGUGGCGCAGCUGGAGAGCGCGCGCGCGGCGGGCGACGCGGCGCUGGGCAGCGCGGCGCGGCGCCUGCGCGACCUGCAGGAGGAGUGCGCCGCGCUGCGCACGCGCGCGCACCAGCACCACGCGCACGCGCUGCAGCUGCAGGCCAGCCUCGCCGACGUGCAGGAGCAGCUGGCGGGCGCGCGCGAGGCGGCGGCGGGCGCGGCCGCGUGGUGGCGCACGCGCGAGACCAAGGCGGACGCCACGCUGCGGCAACAGGCCAAGCUCAUCGACUUCCUGCAGGCUAAAGUAGAGGAGGCGGGUCGUAAGAAGUGUUCACUCAGCAACAAGUUGUUCGGUCGCUCGGGGCGCAGGCCCGCCGCCUCACCGCCGCUCAGGAGGGCUAACAGGGAACUGCGCGAGGAGGUCGAGAGACUCCGCGCCAAGCUGGCGGCCUGCUCGGCGCCCGAUGCUAGUUCUUUUUCCAGUUAUCCGUCGACGCCCAAGCGUGAGAAACCAAAGCAAGUCGCGAAUGGGCCUAAGAAGAGUAUCGACUCGCCUGAUGGAUCUCAAGAUAAAGGACUGCUUAUAGUCUGGUCAGACGGUAGCCGUGAGAGGAUGCGCGCGAAGUGCGUGGACCAGACGUUGGUACUGACCAGCGGGAACAGGGAGCUGCACGGCCGACUGCUGCCCACCGACCCCAAGAACUUACCGCACAACGAAGCCAACAGGGCCUUCCUUAUAAAGAUUGACAACUGCGACCGCGGCUCAGAGGUAGCAGUGGUUUGCGCCAGCAUAGCGGAGCGCACGGCGUGGGCGGCGCGCCUGGCGCCCAGCGGGGGCGCGGCCGGGGGCGCGGGGGGCGCGCGCUGCGGGUACGCGCCCACCGUGCUGCUGCCGCUGCGCUCCACUCCGCACACUGCGAUAUACGUCGCGCCUAAUGCUGUCGCCAUUGGUUGCUCGGACGGGCUGCACUCGCUGCGCGGCGGCGUGCGCGUGGAGUGGGCGGGCUCGGGCGGCGCGGGGGGCGCGGGCGGCGUGCGCGGGCUGGCGCUGGCGGGCGGGCGCGCGCUGCUGCAGGCGGGCGCGCAGCUGGCGCACGCGGGGCUGCUGGCGCUGGGCUCCGCGCUGCGCCGCGCCGCCGCGCUGCAGCCCGCGCUGCCCGCCGCGCCGCUGCGUCUGCCCGACAACACGCCGCCGCAUCUCCUCAAGGCCCUCACAGGCAGCGAGGUAACAGAAGGCCCCUGCGUGGCCGUAGCCUGCGGGCGGCGCGUGUUCCUGCUGCGGUACGACGCGUCCGCCUCCGAGUUCAAGGUGUCGCGCUCGCUCACCGUGGACCGCGCGCCGAGCUCGCUGCUACUCACCGCCAGGACUCUGUACAUCGCCGGAGAGAAACCUCUCAAAGUAAACUUGCCUUCGGGUGCCCUCGAAUCUUUUGGCAUGGACGAACCAACAGUCGCCGCAGCCGCUAAGAAGCACUCACCGCCUAAAGCCUUCCUCCUCAUUAAAAACAAUCCUGUAGAAAUUCUAAUAUGUUACGCGGAGUGCGGUGUAUUCGUUGAUGAGAACGGAAAACGUACGCGAAACGAUGACCCCAAGUGGAGUACAGCCGUCUACAGCUGGGAGUUUGUCAACCCCUUCUUGUACGUCGUAGGGGAUGACAAAGUCACUAUAGUUUAUCUAAACGACGACGCAUAUAGGGCUCCGCCAUGCACUUGUGAUACCACCUCUCUUGCCUCGACCGCAUCCGACUGCUACUUGCCAGAAAUAUUCACUCUCAAGAUGAAAGAACCAGUGUUCUUGGGAACAGCGCCAAAUGGAAUCAUAAUACGAACAAAGACAGACGACGGAUUUAACGUCUCGAUCAUAGACGGCAUGGCGGCGUUCAGGAGCGUCGGCGCUUCAGUAGAGUCCUUAGCAACGCUGUCAGAUACCAAGGGGUCAAUGAACGACCUGACGCAGUCACUGACCGACCUCACACCUCAAGACGUGUCGCAGGAGAGCGUGGAGGUGACGACAGGCUUCCUCGCGGACAUCAGGAAGCGAGCGCGCCAGCUGCGCAACAAGCAUCGCAAGGAACAAACACCGGACGAUGUCAUCAAGGAGAUAUUGACCACCGAGGUCGACUUGAAACGGACAACUAACGGACGCAAAUCCCCCGCAACUAUAUCAGAAUUCGAUUCUGACUCGGAAACAGAAGACAGUGAGGGCAAGCCAGAAUCCUCGAAAGGCACGGCGGACAUAUGCGCAGAAAUGUUCACUAGACAAGUGCGCUUCCAGUGAUAACUAUUGUAUGUUGUAAGUCAAGCUCCAGAGAGUAGCGAGUCUGAUUGUACAGUCGUAUAUUAUGUAUAGAGCUUGUAUGAUACAGGAAAACAUUGCUAUGUACCUGAGGAUAGGUGUGUGUGUGUGUGUCAGUCAACUUAGUAGCUCGUAGUGUUGGUAUUUUAAAUAGUAUUUCUUAAUUGUAGGCGUUAAUAAGUUUGAUAGGUUAUAUUAUUUAUACCGUGCCUAAACAGCUCAAUUUUACUUUUGAACUAUAACCAUAUUAGCUCAUAAUUUUAUUAUACCAUACAAGUAGUAUGUACAUUUAUUUAUUACAUAAUUUAACUCAAUUUUCUAUAUUUAAGGUACACUGUGUGGUUUAGAAAGUCAAAUUUUAAUUAGAUAAUGUUUUCGUAUGAGUUUUAAAAGUAACAAAAGAUGUCUUUUGUAUUGCCUACUGCAUUGUCUACUUAUUUUUACUGUGAUUUUAUAACUGACUUAAUUUCUUUCUAAAGUAGUUUUAAAUGUAAGUGAUCUUUGUUUAUGUUCUUUGACAUGUUAAAAUAUAUAUUUUUUUAAUAUUCA